CCGUUCCGCGUACAUAUUGUGUGCACGGUUGGAUUUCGACGAUCGGUCGACGGCUCGGGACAACAGUCAGUCGUUUGGUGGCUGCCGAGUUGACCGGGUGUCGUUCAGCUAGACCAGAGAGCCGCGCCUGCCGGUUCUGACCCUCUCCCUCUCUUUCUUUUCUUCGAAGUAACCUUCGUUUCUCGUCUGUGUCUACUAUACACGCUGUUCACACGCGCCUGCCCGUUUUAUCCUCUUCAAUUUUUCUUUUUCUCCCUCUGUUUCUCUACGAGAGUAUACAGUGUUCGCCUGAAGGGACCAUGAAGGGUGCCACGACCACCGUAACCAGUCUUCUUCUUUUGCUCGCAGCGAUCCAAGCUGCCAUGUGCGAUGUAUCCACAGACCCGAAGAGUUUCUUUCCCAUCGAUAACAACCUGACAAAAAUCGUAUGGGCCCAUGCCGUGAACAGCCAGGCUGAACUCGCGCAGGCACUUGAAUCAGCCGAUAUCAUGAUGUUGGAGGCUGACGUGGUGAUGGGAAAAAUGAACAAUAACACAAACAGCAGUCAGUUGAUUCCGAUAAUGGCUCAUCCACCAGCCAACGUUAGCGAUCUGUCGCUGGAUGACUUCCUCAAGACCGUGAUUGAAAAGAAGAACGCGACCAAGGGCGUCAAGUUAGACUUCAAGACCAUCGAGGCCUUCAACGCGAGCAAACCUAUCCUCGAUACUGUUCGCAAUAACUUGAAGUUCCCCGUGUUCAUUAACGCGGAUAUAAUUGCUGGACCGGUAAACGCAACUACUGUGCCAGUGGAUGCCAAGUCGUUCCUUUCUGUAGCAAAAACGAUCGGUAACUGUACACUGUCCAUUGGUUGGACUACCAGGUACGGAGAGAAGGACAAAAUCACCGAUGGUUGGUACACCGAAGAGCAAGUGCAGAAAAUGAUCGACGUUCUGAAAGAACAGAAUCCAACUCAGCCGAUAACUUAUCCCGUAAGAGCCGGUCCAGCCGCGAACAACAUCACCGUGAUCAAAUAUCUGAUGGAGAAGAGUGCCAACAUCAGCAACGACGUAACCUUGACCGUUUGGUCGAGCGAGGGCGACGCGGUGAACGCCAAACAGUUAUCCACCCUGAUCAAGGACAUCGGUGUCGAUAAAGUGUACGUAGAUGUACCUGAGGAUUUGAUGAAGAACCUCAACUUCUCGGCAGCGUCCAGGAUCGGCAUCGCCACGAUGACGAUCGCGGCAUCUUUGAUCACCCUCUUCGUCUCGACGGUCAUGUGAAAAGCUUCAAUCGUAUUUUCGUAAACGUUGACGAACGGAAGAAAAUCGUAUCUACUUCUGUUUCUCGACGCAAGACAGAGAGAGUGCGAGAGAGUGGAGAUCGAUGGGAUGAGAUUAAAAUUGAAAAAAAAAAAAACAAAAAAAAAAGAAUAAAAAAAGCAUUCUCGAUGUGUAACGAUCGUCUCGAUCGGAUCUUCUCGCUAGUGUCACGAUCAUGAUCGAUGUACUUUUUAGCGUGUAAGCUUAUUCGCAAAAGUUUUUUCUAAGUAUUUUAAGGGAGCUUUCUUAGGAUACGAUUCCUCGCGCCUGACGGAGGAGCCUGCUUUACACUUGGACCAUGUAUUUUUUUUUUUUUUUUCUUCAAUUCUCAAAGACAGCUACCUAUGUGUAUUUUUUUUUUUUUUU